AUAAUGGGGCCUAUAAAAUGUUUCACGAAGAAAAUGAGUCUGAAAGUCUGCUCAUGACUUUCUUCUCGAUAACAUAGCUCCUAAUUUUUCAUAAUUCUUCAGUUUUGUCAGUCACUUCACAUAUUUUACUCUGAGCUUCCACGUCGUUGCAGCAGGUGAAAAAGCCCGCGAUGGAUUUCUUAGAGCCCCUGUCUUCCCUGCCGGCCCUGCUGUACGUGCCCCUAUUGGCGGGAUCCCUGUGCUUCGCGCUUAACUACCUGGUCUACUCGCGGCGCGUGGCGGAGUGGCGCAAGUCGAAGAUCCCUUUUCUGGAGCCGAGCUUCUUGAUCGGACACAAGUACUUCUGGAGCGUGGGCAGCAACUCCGCCGUCGUCCCCGUCGACCGCAUCUACCGGGAGAAUAAGGACAAGGACCUCGUCGCUUUCUUCAUCGCCACCAUGCCUGUCGUCCUCGUCCGGAGCCCGGCACUCAUCAAACAGAUACUUGCGAAAAACUUCGACAAAGCCUUCGAGACUUGGUGGGGAGCAUCACCUCACGACGAGGUAGCACAACACGUUCUGGCCCAGAGCACGGAUAAAGGCGUGUGGAAAUCCGACCGUAACACUCUCUCGCCCAUGUUUGCCACAGGAAGGGUGAGCGGUGAGCACUUCGCCAAGAUCACGAACCAGAUCACCAACAUGUGGACCCACGCUGAGGAGGCGCGGCUCCAGGGAAAGCCCUUCAAUACACAGCAGGUAACGAUGAAUUUCAUCCAGGACGGCUUUUCCAACAGCUUUUUUGGCAUGGAUGCCAACUCGUACGAAAAGGAAACGGAACUUCGUAAGCUUGUUCAAAGUUCCGUUAAGCCAGGAUGGAGCAGACUGCUGCGAGGUUUCAACUUUCAGGGAUUCCAGACUUUAGACUCGUUAAAAUUCGUCACUCCAAGGGAUAUGGUAUCGAUGAAAAGUCUGCUUCAGAAGCAAAUGUCGCAAAGAAGUCGGGCCGGUGGCAAUGAAAAUGACUUAAUCGACAUCCUCCUUGACAUUAAAGAACAAAGUCAAGACAAAACAAAGGAUUCAGAGAUGGACAUCACGAAUGAAAUGGUCGGUCUUGGACUGUCCUUAUUAUUUGUUGGAGGGAUUUCAAUUGGCUUUGUAGCGAGCUUCACUUUGCACUUGCUGUCUCUUCACCCCAAAUAUCAGGAGCGAAUAAGACAAGAGGUGGAAGAGGUCAUGAAGAAGCACAACACUACAGAAUUCACUUACGAAGUCGUUCGUGAUCUCCAUUUUAUCGACCAGUGUCUCCGUGAAACUGCACGUUUGUAUCCGAAUAACACAGCACUAACAAGGGUGUGCACGGAGGACAUUACUCUCGCCGGCACUGACUGCACACUCAAGAAAGGUCAGCGAGUGAUCUUCUCCCCUUACUCUAUUCACCGCGAUCCAAAAUAUUUCGAGGACCCGGAAAAAUUCGAUCCGAACCGCUUCAGCUCGAAAAACAAGGAUAGUAUUGAUGCUUUUCUGGCUUUUGGCAAAGGACCUCGAAAGUGUCCAGGUAAGAACGUUGCUCUCUUAAUGGGGUCGGCUCUGAUUGGCUCUCUGGUGCACAAGUACGAAGUGAGACCACGCUCUCACACGAAGCAGAUGGACGCGUACGAUUUCCAUCCAAGGAGUUUCGCCAUCAUCCACAAAGAUGACAUCCUCGUCGAUUUCAAACCUCGAGAAGUUCUCACUUGCUGAAGGAGAUAUUCGGGAUCUUUUUUCCGCGAUAUUUAGUUUCUGUUUUUUGCUCAUUUAAUCCUCUUGUUUUUCAGUAGUUUCUUGCGGAAAAACUUCAUUUAUUGUGUUGAUGGUAAUAUUGUUUACUUUUUCAAAAAAUUGUACCUGUUGAUAAUAAACUGCAUUAAUUUGAUUCCAA